AGAGGGCAGAUGCUUGUGCCAUAGCUGAUCGGGAUAGGUGGUUCAAAGGAGGAAGAUAUAGGGUGGCAAGAGGUGGAGGUAUUGAGGAGAUAAUGGUGCAGUUAUGUUUCAAUCAGUAGUGGGGAUCGUCUCUCCGUGCAGUGACUGACGACAAGGCUAUACCUACGCCUUUGGCAUCAAGCAGGAUAAAGGAUGGUUAUGUUAUAGCGUUAGGCUUGACUACAGAGUAGCAUGUACAUCGUCCGCGGAUACUGAAAGUAAAGAGACAUAUAAAGGCAAACUAUGUUCGCAAGAUGAUUUCUGCCAAGAAAACUCCGGAGAAGAGUCGUUAUCCUAUCCACUAUUUAGUGUGGCACAGCAAGCAUCGGCAGCUGGAGAAAGAGCUUUCAGCGAAUGAGCAGACGGACUUGGAGGGCCAGGACCCCCGGGGUCGGACCCCCCUGCACCUGGCCGUGACACUUGGACACCUGGACUGUGCCAGAGUGCUGCUGCAGCACGGUGCCGACGUCAGCAAGGAGAACCGCAACGGCUGGACCGUUCUCCAGGAAGCAGUGAGUACAAGGGAUCCGGAGUUGGUGCGUCUUGUCCUUCGUUACCGUGACUACCAGCGCACUGCCAAGAGACUGGCGGGCAUCCCUGUUUUGCUAGAGAGACUCCGUCAGGCACAGGACUUCUAUGUGGAGAUGAAGUGGGAGUUCACCAGCUGGGUGCCCCUGGUGUCCCGGAUCUGCCCCAGUGACACCUACCGGGUGUGGAAGAGCGGCCAGUGCCUGCGCGUUGACACUACCCUGAUGGGCUUCGAACAGAUGACCUGGCAGAGGGGCAAACGCAGCUUCAUUUUCAGGGGACAUGGUCAAGACUCCAAGGCGGAGGUGAUGGAGGUGGACCAUGACAGACAGCUGGUGUUCAGUGAGACCCUCUCCCUUUCCUCCCUGGCCGCGCCAACCCCGGUCACGGCCCCUAACCCCACCACCGGAAACUUAAACAUCGGCGUGGGCGCCAACGGCUCCAGGGGGACAGGCUGCAGUACCGCCAGCGGCCUCGGGUUGCUGGGGGCACUGCAGCCCAGCGAGGAGCAGGUAGCUGCCAGGCUGUCCGCUCCCGUGGUCACCACCCAGCUGGACACGCGCAACAUCGCCUUCGAGAGGAACAAGACGGGCAUCCUGGGCUGGAGGAGUGAGAAGACAGAGCUGGUGAACGGAUAUGAAACCAAGGUGUUUGGAGCGUCCAACGUGGAGCUAAUAACCAGGACCAGAACUGACCACCUGUCGGACCAGAAUAAGACCAAGACCAAAGGGAAGACACCCCUGCAGAACUUCUUAGGUAUUGCUGAGCAACACGUUGGACCAAACAAUGGGGCCCUGGUGACCCACAUGUCGUGUCCGGCCGUAACCAACCCCGCGGCUCUGACGGCAGAGGAGUACUUCAACCCCAGCCUGUCACUGGAGCCCAGGGACAUCGGCCACCCCUGCCAGCUCACCACCAAGACACAGAGGUUCAAAGCUAAGCUGUGGCUCUGCGAGUCCCAUCCUCUGUCUCUGGCGGAUCAGGUGGCGCCCAUCAUCGACCUCAUGGCCAUCUCCAACGCCCUGUUCGCCAAGCUGCGUGACUUCAUCACCCUGCGCCUGCCUCCGGGCUUCCCCGUCAAGAUAGAGAUCCCCAUCUACCACAUCCUGAACGCCAGGAUCACCUUCAGCAACCUCAACGGCUGUGAGGAGGGGGGGCCGGGGGUCCACGGGGAGCCCGGGGGAGAGCCGGUGGAGGGGGACGGGCAGAGGGACCCCCCCAGCGUCGACACCCCGUCACCGGGCAGCGACUCCUCCAGCGUCUCCAGCUCCAGCUCCACCAUGUCGUGCCGUGUCGGGGAGAUCCCCCCGUGUGUGUUCGACCCCCCGGCUGGCUACAGCAUGCUGGGGGGGAAGCAGAGAGACAGCAUGCGAGAGGAGGAGGACGAGGACCUGCUGCAGUUCGCCAUCCAGCAGAGCCUGCUGGAGGUGGGCACCGAGUACGACCAGGUGACCAUCUGGGAAGCUCUGACCAAUAGCAAGCCGGGAGCCCACCCCCUGUCCUGUGAUCCCAGCCGUCUGGAGAGGACCCCCCAGCACAAGCCCCGCCCACCGACCAGCCUUUGCUCCACCCCCACCAAGAAGCCGCCAAACAACUGCAGCUACAACGAGCAGCUGCGCAUCGCCAUGGAGAUCUCGGCGAGGGAGCAGGAUGCGGCGGAGCACCGCAGGCGGCAAGAGGAGGAGGAGCUUCAGAGGAUAAUUCAGCUGUCGCUCAUGGAAAAAUGAGGGCUGAUGGCUGGUGGCAGCCUGAGUGGGAGGGGUAUGGACACAGGUUCUACGGAGACAGCAGGCGACGGAAGGCAAGGUUUG